AUGGCAACCGUACACAAGCUUUUCAAGUCGCCGUUCUUCGAUUUCGAGUUCCUUCGUCUACUGGCCAUGGCGCCACACGAAGGUGCCGAGAUUGGAGAGGCCCUGGAAGCAGCAGCUAAGAUCAAGGACCUGGAUCCAGAGUCAUGGUAUAGCACACUUCUCGAAACCGGCACCAAGGCAGAAGCUAUCGCGAAGGAAGCCGAGGCCUCUGGAGACCGUGUCGGUGCGCGACGCGCUUACCUGCGCUCUUCAAACUACCUUCGCGCUGCGCAGUUCAUGCUCAAUGAAGGCCCUAUAGGGCAUGACACACGAGUACUUCCAACCAUCGAACGAUCCAUUGCCAAUUUCCGAAAGGGUGUCCAGUAUCGUGACGGAAAGACACUCUUCUUAGAUAUCCCGUAUGAGGGCAGGACUUUGCCCGGUUAUCUGUACCUGCCGCCUAGCUUCAAGCGCAUUCCCGGUCGCAAGAUCCCCAUCCUACUCAACUCGGGCGGCGGCGACUCCACUCAGGAGGAAAUUUACUUUGUGAACCCAGCGUACGGGCCAGACUUGGGCUACGCAGUCCUCACCUUUGAGGGUCCGGGCCAAGGCAUCGUCCUCCGUCGCGACAAGUUGCCCAUGCGCCCGGACUGGGAGGCUGUGACAGGUCCCGUCCUGGAUCACCUCUUUGAUCUAGCUGCUCGUCGUCCUGAGCUCGACCUGGAUCUCGCUCACAUUGCCGUCACUGGCGCGUCGAUGGGUGGCUAUUUUGCACUCCGUGCGGCCUCGGACCCUCGAAUCAAGGCAUGCGUGAGUGUAGACGGAUUCUACAGCUUGUCGAGCUUUGUGGGAGGCAGAAUGCCCGGCCCGCUCUUCAAUGGCUUUAUGAGUGGCUGGCUUUCUGACAGCAUGUUCAAUGGAAUCUUGAGCUUUCUCAAGAAACUUGACUUCCAGGCCCGAUGGGAGUUCAAUCAUUUGAAGUGGGCGACUGGCUCCAAGACGGAUGCGGAUAUCAUGCGUAGCUUUGGUGACUACACUCUGCAAAACGCCGAUGGUACGGAGUAUUUGGCGGACGUCAAGUGUCCGACACUUGUGACAGGAGCAGGGGCCAGCUUUUAUUUCAAUCCUGCCACCACUACAGACAAGAUCUAUGAGUGCUUGACUGGCCUCAAAGAUGGUGUGGAUAAAGAGAAGUGGAUUGCCACAGACGUAGCGUAUGGGGGACUGCAGGCUAAGAUCGGUGCUUUUGGAUAUUCGGCACAGAAAACAUUUGAGUGGUUGGAUGAACGGUUCGAAAUUAAGAGGGAUCCGUUGACGGCCAGCUCAAAUUUGGAAGACUUGGUUAGCAAGUAG